AUGUCCUUUGACCUUCCCACAUCUCCUGAUGCGGUGAGACGAUCUCACUACACCCACCGCCACCUCCAGCUUCUCCGACAUGGCUCGACUGCCACCCCACUCCGCGCCAUCGCGCAUGUUGAUCUCGAUGCCUUCUAUGCGCAAUGCGAGAUGGUCCGGCUGGGCACGCCGCGUGAUAAACCCCUCGCUGUGCGUCAGUGGGACUCACUGAUUGCCGUCAACUAUGCAGCGCGGCCUUUUGGAGUCACUCGAAUGCUCUCAGCCACCGAGGCCCGAGAGAAAUGCCCCGAUAUCGUCCUGCAGCAUGUCGCGACAUUUAGAGAGGGAGAGGGAGGGAAAUGGGCAUACCGCGAUGAUUCGUUCAGGAACAUUAGUACCGAAAAGGUGUCGCUAGAUCCUUAUCGGGCGGAAUCGCGGAAGAUCCUCAAGACCAUGAAAGAUGAGUUGGAGCGAUGGUGUACGGAAGGACCCGGAACCGGAGCUCUUUGCUCUCACUCAGGGACUUUCGGCAUCGCUGGAGAAGGCGAGUACCCUGAACUACGGCCCAGCCCGCAGGAGGAGAACAAGGAUGCCGCUCUUCCUUUCCCUCCAACCACGGCGCUGAUGUGGGGCCCCGAAAACUGCUUAAUUGAGCUGGGUGAGCAUGGGUAUGAAGAAGAUGACCCGGACUGGGAUGAUGUUGUCAUGCUAGUGGGCGCAGAGAUCGUACGCGCAGUAAGAAAUGCCGUAUGGGAGAAGCUUCACUAUACAUGCUCUGCAGGGCUUGCUCGUAAUAAGAUGCUCGCGAAGCUUGGUAGUGCAUGCAAUAAACCCAACCUGCAGACUGUGGUGCGGAAUCGGGCGGUGCAGCAUUUCCUCGGAGGAUAUAAAUUCACCCAGAUCCGGAUGCUAGGUGGAAAACUGGGAGACCAGAUUACUGCGCUUUUCGGCACGGAGCAAGUGAGCGAUCUUCUCAAUGUUCCCCUCGAACAAUUACGCUCAAAGCUUGAUGAUUCUACCGCGUCUUGGCUGUAUGGCAUCAUCCGUGGCGAUGAUCGUAGCGAGGUCAAUCCUCGAACGCAGAUCAAGUCCAUGUUGUCAGCAAAAUCAUUCCGCCCAAGCAUCAAUUCAAUGGAACAGGCCGAGAAAUGGCUGCAUAUCUUUGCGGCCGAUAUCUACGGUCGACUUGUGGAGGACGGCGUACUUGAGAACAGACGUCGGCCACGAGUGAUCACACUGCACCAUCGAACGGUUCAGUCACGAUCGCGUCAGAUACCCAUUCCUCCCGCUCACGCCAUCGACGAGAGCCUUCUCUUUGAUCUUGCCAAGAACUUACUGCAGCAGGUCGUUGGAGAUGGGCAGGCAUGGCCUUGCGCAAAUCUUUCCUUAAGCGUGAGUAGCUUCGAAGAUGGUGUGGCAAAGAACAAGGUCAUUGAGGGUUUCUUGCUUCGAGGCGAGCAGGCCAAGUCAUUGAGCCAUUCAAUAAGACCCCGUGAGGUAGAAGGUAUUCCAAGCGAGUAUCCAUCUGAUAAGAGGAGGAAGACUGAUGACAGUGGGAUUAAGCGGUUUUUCUUCCAGUCACUGAACGCCAAAGAUCCCGCCUCCAACGUUAAAGAAUCUACCCCCAAGACAGAAGACCCAAAGCCAAACAUUGAAUUUUCCGCUGCAUCUGACAAUGAAGAGCUUCAACCAGCCACAGAGCAAAGCCCAGGGCUGGCCACUUCGGUGAUCUUGGAAGGGCAAAUAGAUAACACCGAAUGGGUGCAAAUCACAUGCCCUCGGUGCUCUAAAUCUAUGCCUGAGUAUGAAAGGGAAGAGCAUGAUGACUGGCAUUUUGCGAAAGACCUAGAAAUACAAGACCGACAAGAAGCAAUGACUACGCAACAGUCUCAUCCGGCGAAUCCGACCACCUCGAGGGGCUCGAAUACCCGUGGACGAGGCGGGCGAGGAGACAAAAGCAAGCCUGAGAAAGGGCAGAUGCGUCUAGCCUUUCAGUGA